CAGCUUGUCCGCCGCGAGAAAGUCACUUCGCGACUACGAGACACGUUGCGCUUCCUUGCGCGACUUGCCGCCGUGGUUACCGUGCCAUCUGUCUUUUUAAUCUAACAACCCCGCGGGCAACCCUGCGGUUAAUAUAGGAUGCGGAAGCGCGACGCGAAAGCGCCUGAUCGGGGGAAAAGGACAGGUAUGAAAUCGGGUCGAAGACGUAUAUAGCCUGCUCUGGGAAUGAAACUGUUCGUUUUCUAGUUCAAAGAAGAAGUCGAGCUGUUCUGUGCUUCGAUCCUUUUCUCUAGAGUCAGGUACUUACUCAGCACUGUCGACCCACCUUUCACAAUUCACCCACGGCACCAAACCGGACUUGGCAAGAUGAAGCUCCUCGCGUUCAUUCCCGUCCUCGCAGCAUCCGCGCUCGCAGCAGCAGCAGAUGCCGCACCUGACUCCGACGCGCCACCCGCCGACCCAACGCCCGCCGGCGCUCUCUGGACCGCAACCUGGAACAGCACUACCCUGACUCCCUUCAAAACCAGCUGCGCUACAAAAUCCACCUACAAAGCCGCCAUCUACAAGCUCUCCCAGCUCUACCCGGACCUGGAGGACUACGCGCCAACGCUCAAGGUCUUCUACAACAAGCAGCUCUACCCCGGGUCCUGGUCUGGCGUGGACAAGCACGGCAACGAGCGUGAGCUGCUGAUGAUGGAUGCUGCGGCCCUGCCAAAGAAGGUGCGCAACUGGAUCCAGACCCAGGGGACGCAGAGGCACUACAGUGUGCAUGGGGAAGUCGUGUUUUUUGCACCCGGCGCGGUUUACCCGCUGCUGCCGCUGUGGGUAGAGGGCGACGAGGGAUGUGGAGGCGUGUUCGAGGGGCUGGAGACGUAUUCAAAUGUGCCCGAUGAUGGGAAGACGAUCGGGAAAAUCAGUCAUAAGGAGAUUGGUGAUGGUGAGGUUGAGUUUACGGUUGAGGCAAUGAAGGUUGAGUUGGCGGGGACUGGGGAGAGAAGCGAGCUUUGAUGGCGGGCAUGAGCCUGCGGUUUGCAUUCGUGGCGGCGUUUUGGAUGAGAUUUUUGGGACGUGAGUCCGCGACUGUGUUUUUUGAAGCAGAUGUGCCAGUUAUGUUCUUACUUCACGCGCCAACAUAUUGCGUACGUAGUUGAGCUGCCAGCCGGACAAUUGUUUCCACAAUCAUAGAGUACAGUAGGGAUAGGAAUUCAACGUUCCGCAUUUGUGCUUAACAACAAUACCUAGAUCGCAG